GCAGCCUUCAGAUUUUUCCUUCUUCUUCGCGAGAGAGAAGAGAGAGAGAGAGAGAUACAAUUGCUUGCUCUGGAAUCGAAGUCCGGAAGAUGGGGAGCACGAGCGCCGCCGCUCUCGUCCCUCAUUUGCAGCUCGGCAGCUGCUGCUUCAGCCCUCUUAAUUCCGCGAGAAGGAGCGGCCCCGGCCGGGGCCUGAGCUCGCUCCGCUUCGGCAGCUCGAGGAGGACGAGAUUGAGAUUGGCUUGGAGCGGUCUGAGGAGUCGCGGGGGUUUCCGUGAAGAAGCUGUCUGCUUUGCCUUCGAGGACGGUGAUGGCGGGAAUAAGCAACCCGAGCUGGGCACUAGCGGCAGCGUUGGCUCCGCCGUGGAGGAUAGACCUGUGGAUGAUGCAGGUGAGGCUGAUACCUUGAGGCAAGAGACUAUCGAGGCCUUUAACCAAGAUGAUGGAAGAAGUCCCCUUUAUGAUCUUCUGUAUCCUGAUAAAGAGCUCCUUCCCGAUGACAAGGAAAUGAGUAUAUUUGAUCAUCUUGAAGAGCUGAGACAACGACUAUUUGUGUCUGUUAUGGCAGUUGGUGCUGCUAUUUUGGGAUGCUUUGCUUUCUCUAAAGAGUUAGUAGUGAUUCUGGAAGCUCCCGUUAAAACACAAGGUGUUAGAUUUCUGCAGCUGGCUCCUGGUGAAUUCUUCUUUACAACUUUGAAGGUUUCUGGAUACUGUGGUCUUCUUCUAGGAAGCCCUGUUAUUCUCUAUGAGAUUAUAGCGUUUGUUCUUCCAGGUCUAACGAAAGCAGAAAGAAGGUUCCUUGGGCCUAUUGUUUUAGGGUCUUCUGUACUUUUCUAUGCUGGCAUUGUAUUCUCCUACCUAGUUCUUACUCCAGCAGCCUUGAAUUUCUUUGUGAGUUAUGCGGAAGGGGCCGUUGAGUCACUGUGGUCCAUUGAUCAAUACUUUGAGUUUGUGCUAGUGCUCAUGUUCAGCACCGGUCUAUCUUUCCAGGUUCCAGUAAUACAGCUCCUUCUGGGACAAGUUGGUCUAGUAACAGGAGACCAAAUGCUGUCCAUUUGGAGAUACGUAGUUGUAGGCGCGGUCGUAGCUGCUGCUGUGUUGACACCAUCAACAGAUCCUCUUACUCAAAUGCUGCUGGCAGGACCUCUUCUUGGCCUCUACUUGGGUGGCGCAUGGGCGGUUAAGCUCAUAGGGCGGUGAACUGUAUGUGCUCACAACUUUACUGGUGUGUAAAUCAGAGUGCGCUCGGCGCCUGAGACUACCCCAAAGGAUGUGCUUGAAAAUAGCUGGUAGUGAAGCAUUUAUGUACAAAUCUACUGAUCGGUCUUCUCGUCCGAGGGUUUUGUAUUCUUUUACACUAGUGAUAGCGGGAUAACGUUUCCCGUUUAUAGUGGAGCAAUUUCAAUACAUUUGCUCUUCAGUCAUUGUCUCUUUACUCCUGUCCAAAAGCUUCUAUCGCUUAUCACAAGAAUUUGUUGCUAA